AAACGGCCGCCGCCGCUAGGUCAGCUGCUGGCUUCCCUUCAACCGCUGCUUUCGCUUCUCGGUGUUUUUCUGCCAGCUCGCUGGCGUGCGCGUUUUGUGUGCGUGCGUGUGGUCGUGCGUGAUCGGCUCGCAAAAAUGCGGACAUCGCUAACGGCCCGGCAAUAAGCCGCCACGACAUCACAUCUCCGGGACCGUGCCCGCCUAGCAAGCCCGUCUGUGGCACAGUGUGUUAGCUUCACUGCACUACCGCGCGAUUACGGCGACCGUAGCAAUGCCUCGCGGGAGAAUCGCCGGUGUUGUACCUCGGCGGCUAGGAUCGGCGCCCCAGCCGAAUCUCCCGUGGCUUCUGCAAGGCUGCGUGCGUCGUCGUCUACGGUGCGAGACCGACGAGCAGCGGCGGCUCCGAGCGUGAAGAGCGCGAUGGGGAGCGAACGUUAGGCCUAAGGAGUGUCUCGCGCGAGCGCUCGACCCAAUCCUAGGCGGCUCACCCGACCAACGAAUAACGGCGUCGCGGUGUUGCCCGAGUCGCGCUUCCUGCGUGAGUGCAAAGACGGUGAUAAGUGACUAGGCCUAACGUCGGAAGUACCGGACCGGGUAGAGCCAACGCAGGUGCGGCGAUCCCCUCCCCUUCCCGGUGUGUUAUUGUGCAUCCGCCGCCAGUUGGUGCGUAAGGAGAAGAAUAGAGCCAGCGCGGGCGGGCGGGUCAUUUCGUGGUUUUAAACUUGAUAGCGAGCGGCGUCAGUGCGGUACGACGACCCUGAGUGUGUGUGUACUGGAUCGGCGGCCGCAGGCGUCGCGCUGGUGGCUGGCGCGCGGCCCGCGAGCUUGCUGCUCGUCCCGCUGGAAUGGUGGCACCACGGCACCGAGGCUAGAGCACGGUGGCCGCAGCGUGGCACCGCGCGAGCGCCUGGCCAUGGCGUACCGUCGCAAGACGGACACCGGAGGAGGCGGCGGAGGCGGCAACAGCCAAGCCAGCGGCUCGGCGGCAUCGUCGGCCGCCGCCACGGGGAACGAGGAGAACCCGAACCAAAUCGUCUGCCGUAAGAUGGAGCAAAUUGUGGAGCGCAUGCAGAACGAACAGACCGGCGUGCCCGUGCGGACGGUCAAGAGCUUCAUGUCAAAGAUACCCAGCGUGUUCACCGGAGCUGACCUGAUUGCAUGGAUGAUGAAGAACCUUGACGUCGACGAUCAGACGGAAGCUCUACACCUGGCACACCUGAUGGCCUCGCAUGGCUACUUCUUCCCUAUCGACGACCAUGUGCUCACCGUCAAGGCAGACGGCACCUUUUAUCGCUUCCAGACGCCUUACUUCUGGCCCUCAAAUUGCUGGGAACCUGAAAAUACUGACUACGCCGUGUACCUGUGCAAGCGAACAAUGCAGAACAAGGCCCGCCUGGAGCUGGCCGACUACGAGGCUGAGAACCUGGCCCGGCUUCAGAAAAUGUUUUCGCGCAAGUGGGAGUUCAUCUUCAUGCAAGCUGAGGCACAGGCAAAGGUCGACAAGAAAAGGGACAAGUUAGAAAGAAAAGUCCUCGAUAGCCAAGAGAGGGCUUUCUGGGAUGUACAUAGGCCAGUGCCGGGCUGUGUAAAUACUACGGAAAUCGACAUUAAGAAGGCCUGCCGCAUGAACAAACCAAUCAAAAGCGCAAAGCACUUGCAGUGCGCAGUACCUGGCGGACGCAUCAGUCCCAGCGUGUCGGAAGGCGAGAUUAACACACCGCUAGAUGUUCUCAAGAAGGAGGUGGAGACGCUCAAAGCGAGGCUCGACGGUGGCAAUGUCAAGAUCACCGCAGCUCUUGAAACGUACAAAUCGUAUUACGAAAAGCACGCAGAGUACGAUGGCUUCUGCAUGCCGCUUGAGCCUUCCAACCCUUGGAUCUCGGAUAGCACCGAGUUCUGGGAAAUGGAAAAGCAAACGACCAAUGUUCCACCGCGUCGGGUGCGUCGCUGGAAGAACUCCCUCCAGGAGCUGCUCCGGGACCCUGCGGGCCGGGAGCACUUCAUCCAGUUUCUGGAGAAAGAGUUUAGCCUCGAGAAUCUCAGGUUCUGGGAGGCUGUGCAAGAACUGAAGCAAAUUCAUCUGAAAGAUGUCCCCGUCAAAGUACAAGAGAUAUGGAACGAGUACCUGGCUCCUGAUGCCAACUGUCCCAUCAACAUCGACUCGAGAAGUUACGAGAUCACCAAGGUCAACAUGCAGAAUCCCGACCGGUGGACGUUCGACGAAGCUGCCUGGCACGUCUACUUCGUGAUGAGGAAUGACAGCUAUAGGCGGUACACCAAUUCUGCCAUGUACAUGGAUUAUGCUAACGGCACUAAGAAGAAGACCUCCGUGAAGGGGCUCCGCUCUGUGAUAUCGUUCACGGCCAAGAAGGACCCGGGUCCAUCCUCCUCCUAGCUUGCCCGCCGCCAUGGCUGCCUUGCGCAUGCCAAAGUAGACUGUUCAUACCCAAGCUGCCCAGUCUUAGUAUAGGAUCGUGAGAGGAAAAACGAGCCAACGCCCCUUGUCUGCUUGCUCCGCGCCGUUCAUGCUCCUGACAAAACAACCACCGCCAGCCAAUAACAACAACAAAAAACGCCACAGAUUAGAUCCCCCAACAGCUGUAAGGCCGAGCCACCGACUGGUCUGCAUGACGCCGACACGCCACCGGCAAUGGCUGCGACGAACCGAACUCUAUUCCAUUUUUUCUUUCCGUUCAUGGCCGGUAUCGCCUCAGAAGAGGAAAGUGGACGAUAGGUCUGCGCCAUCAUCCACACAGGUGGUGAUCCCGAUGAUGCCAGCAAAAGGAGGAUUCAUUUAGCUGCAAAUGCCGUCGGACAGAGGAAGAAGAAGGAGAAGGCUGUUGACCAGUCGUCUCGUGUGCCGCGCUUCCGGACGCACUGACCACAGAAGCUACGGUGAUGCACGCCAAGGGGGCGUCCGUUGUGCGGGACGUUGCUUUAUUGUUUUGUGUUCCCUGCCUCCCCUCCCAAGAAAAGGUGAAGCCACGAUUGUUCCUUGAUUCUCCUCGCUGACGUCUAUGUCCCGCCCUCUCUCUCGUGUAGUUUUCUACUGCUGCACUGUGCCGCUUUCUGAGUUUCUCAGUCUGUCAUGGCAGACCGCGACGAAGUGUCGCCAGAGGAGCCCACAAGCUUUACCCGCAAUACGUGUGAUAGGUUCAAUGGGCAGGCAUUCCAUUCAACGUCACAUUCAUUACUCAUGUACAGCAUCAUCUGUGCAUACGGUGCAGCAGUCGUCACUGUCAGGUUGCUGUCCGUGUUAAAGCAUGUAUACAGUCGGCUUGUGGCGAUUCAAACUCGCAUAGCUAAAAGUUCUUUUCUGUUCAAAGAAUUUUGUAUUCCUCCGGUGCUUUUAACACAUAUUAGGCCUUUUUGUUUUUCAGUCUGAAAGCUCAAGCUUUCCACAUCAAAGCAGUGUAAUGGAAAACAGCUCACAAGAGGCCACUGAAGACGCUCGAGUAAAAACACACUCUUGUUUGAUAUUGAGGAGGUUGAUAUAUGGUGACAGACAUUGCUUUAAGGUGGUGCCACUGACACAGUUGCAUAUUUGCAGCUCUGACAUGGAAUGCACGUUCACAAGAAUGUCCUUCUUUCUAUGCCUUCUUUUUAAGGGUAAUUACUGCGCAUGUGAUUUCAUUUAGAGUUUACAAGAGGAGGCAUAUGAGGUUAUGUUUUUGCACAUAUAUGUUCAUAUCGAUGCCCAGCUUGAAAAAUUCUAAAAAUCUCAUGCCCAUAACUGUUAGAUUCUAAAAAACUUGACUUGGGGACAUUCUGGGUUCCAGUGACCAAAAAAAUAAGUUGUUGCGAUGGUUCUUAAGAGUUUGAAUUAUCAAUAGUCGACCGUAUCGCUACAACAUCCGCAAGCAUUGAGGGCAAAAGUUAUGACGGCGCAACUUGGCGGUUUCGUGCUGUGAUCUCCCACUCUCACGAACAGGUUGUUUUUGGGGAUGGCAUUCGUAGAGGCGGUCAACCACCAUGAUUGUGAAAUUCCUGCAGUCCAUGACGCAUGAAAACCAUCUGCAAGGUGUCCGCUACACUGCAUAACAUAGCGUGCCACCCAGCGCAUGUCGAUCAUUCGAACGGCGUUUCGCGCGGCUCGCGCCUCUCUUGCGGUCUCAGUGGGGAGAAUGACAUUUACGACGUAUCAUGACGGGAAGCGUUUGUUGAUAUGCUACGACCUAAGUGCUGUACAGUUAGUAGUACCCAAUCUACAGUUCUCGAAAGCUUCCAGAUAUCAUAAGGCUUAUGUUGCGCCAACAGGGAUCGACUCUGUCUCCACUUCUAAAUCAAUGGACAGCAGCGUAAAAGGAGCACCACUGCAGCUCCUAAUUUUAACUGCUCGUAAAAAUGCAUCUUAGCCGCCCUUUUCAAUUAAUAUUGACACCUAGAAUUCGGUUAGACGGAACACGUCACGCUGCACUGCAGCUUCUGGUACGCUGCCCUUUGUUUAGUGGCUAGCAUGGACAUUGAGUUAGAAUAAGCCUUGUUUGACCACUUAGGAUGUCACUGGGACGCAAGCCAAUCGAAGUAUUUCGGCACCCUGGAAGUUGUCGUUACAGUGUGCAACAUUACCCCUUGGGAUGCCUCUAAAAGAAAGGUGUUUUUGUACAGUCGGGGCAUUGCAGAAGGGUGUACUGCAACAAUCUACUCCACUUAUGCGCAUUUUACACACUUUGUCCUGUGCACUGGUCUGAAACUCACAGCAUUAUUAGCAGACCAAUGAUCCAAUCAACGCAUGGCUGCAGGUCACAAAAUCUUGCUGGAACCAAAUGGUAUUGUUGGUUUUCGUUGACUCCACUUGGCUUUGACUGAGCUUCCGGUACAGACCAGCCGGAUUCAUUAGUUGUCCUUAAUAUUACACCCUAGAAAACAGUUGCACUUUUGGAGGCAUAUUUUGUCGCACAACAGUAAUCUGCAGUCCUUUCCUCGCUGCUUACCCUGUGAUUUCAGGUUACGAACCUCGUGCACACUAUCAUCAUGACACAGCAUUCUUGGUAUAAAAGUAGCGACCACAGAGUUUUCAAGAAAGUAGAUCAUAAGCAAGCCAGGUGACAAUUAAUGUCAUGCGACGGAAAGACGCCUUAAGUUGCGCGACUGUUCUUGGAAUGCAGUAAGGAUGACACGGACUUACAAGAGAACACGCGCUGUGCUACGCAAAGCCUGAAAGUCAUUAAACAUUAUUGCCGACCAUUAGCACCCGCCUUGAACAUGAACUUUCGCAGUCAUGCUCAGUUAAUGGUUUGCUGGGUUGGCUGUCAUUAGCAAGAAAAUAGCUCGGAACAGUUGCGCAAAAAUUCACACAGAUCACAACAGAGCAAGACGGGGCACAGCGCUAAACUAACAACUCAGUGUUUACUGCAAUAAACACCGAGUUGUUAGUUUAGCGCUGUGUCCCGUCUUGCUCUGUCGUCGUCUGUGUGAAUUUUUGUGCUAGUGUUCAGAGUUGUGCACUACCAACUAGUCCACCAGUCUGUCCUUUAAAAAAAUAGCGGCAUGCUCGUAAGAGAGGUAAGUUGUGCUCUGAGUAGAUUAUUAGUUUGGAAAACUGAACCACAGCCUUCGACGUACACUCUUUGGUGACAUAACCGGUUUAUUUCAUUUACGCUGGCAGCAGCUCCUGCUUUAUUAAAACGAAAAAAAAUUUAUAGCACCAUCUAUUCUAGAGCUUAUGUUUCAAAAUGUCUUAUUCGUUGAGUUCUCACUUCUUUUAUGAUACUAUAGUUCAUCAAUUAGCCAUUGUUUGAUUGUAUAAUAGAAGUGCAGCUUUUUAGCAUAAUUUUGUCCUGCUGUUAUUAGCUUUUGUUUAUCAACAUUCAUCAAACAACUCGCAAAGAAGGUUCUUUUUGAACCAAUUUCAAAAUUUUAGGGCAUCGUGUUGAUACCUUGCUGUUCGCUUGGAAUCAUAAUUGUGGAGGUUUUACAUCCCGAAACCACGAUAUGACUAUGAGCGAUGCCGUAGUGGAGGGCUGUGCAAAUUUCAACCACCUGGGGUUUUUCAACAUGGACCUAAAUUUAAGUACACGGGCCUCCUGCAUUUUGUCGCUAUCAAAAUGUGGGGCAUUCAAUCCCGUGACCUUCAGGUCAGCAGUAAAGCACCUUAAUUACGCUAGACUACUGCAGCGGUUUUGCUUGGAAUCGGCUAUUUGUAUCUACUAUUCAAGGGGUUACUGGAAUGGCCACCAAGUUAACAGCAAAUUUUAAUCCAUCUUUAAUCCAGUUACAAUGAAGAGGCUUUUUGGACUCGUUUACAGAGAGGCCUUUGCUCUGGGCACACUGUGGUCAUCAUGCACACCUCCCCAGCCCGUUGUUUCGCCCUUCCUCACGCGUCUUACGGGGAAAAAAAAGCAUACUUUUCAUAGCUCCAUACGAAGUGGUCACAGCGCGUUCCAGCUCUCUUUUGUGUGCACAGUUUGGUCCCGUGGUGAUGUGGAACAUUUUGAUGAUGACUGCGAGCAUAGCGCGGCGACUACCCACCCAUAGCUCGGUAUUUGCGGUCCCUCGUGGCAUCCAAGUGAUAUCGCGCACACUCACGUACGAUGCACUGAAGCAUUUUUCGUUUCUUUCCCGACUUUGGCUCGGCUUCGUAACAUUCUUCCGACAUAUAGUGAUGGACAACAGUUCACGCGAGACGAAUAAAUAAAAAAAAAAUAUCCGAUGCAGAAGUACAUUUUAGGACUAGCAUAAUCGUGUACAUAGAACGACGCGUGCAUAUCAGUAGCUGACGCGGCGCGAGAAAAGAAAACCCGGAAAAUAGAAUUUACCCACCGCAGGCUGUUUUUCCUUCUUUUUUUCUGAGCAUCUGCUGUGAGCAGUGAGGCUGAAUGUGCCGCGCUGGCGCAGAAAGGCGAAAAAGGGGAGAACGCCAAGACAUGGUUAGGAAAAAGGAUGUCACCGAGAGCAGGCAGUUUAGUUUCAUAUUAAUGUUGUGUUAGUUGCUGUUGUCUGUUUUGCUGGUCCAGUCUUACGAUUACAUGCACAGUUGACGCAGUUUUCGCACAUCAAUGAUUUUGAGAAUACUUACUGACCAACAUAAUAUAUUCGUUACAAAUCAACAUGUUAUGUUUGCAUGUUAACCAGCAUAGCAUAUUGGUUAGUGACCAAGAUAUUGGUACACUAAUUGAAAUUGAAAUGAAUUGUUUAUUGAUGAAAGCACUGUCGCUGUACUAAAUGUCAGUAUAUUGGCUAGUUGUCAACAUACUGUAUUGGUUUUCUAAGUGACCUAGUAUAUUGGUUAGUAAUUAACAAUAGCAACAUGUAUGUCUGUUAGUCACCAACAUACCAUUGGCUUAAAGACAGUAUGUUUACUGACAGUACUUACACAAGAACGAGCUAAAGCUAAAUUUUUGUAGUUUGUUUCUGCACUCACUUUUUCAUGGAUAUGCGUUGUUUUUUUCUUUUGUGUUCCAAAGAGAUACUUUUUUACCUAGUAGGAUUUUUUCGUUUCCAUAAUUUUUAUUGCAAGGACUGGAACUUGCCCUCUUCUGUACUGAUACUCCAGCUUGUCUGUGAUGUGUCUAGUCAUUUACAUGAGCUGCAAAGAAACUUGAGCUGCUCGAGUUACUUUUUGUUUGUUACUUUUUUGUUGUUGUUAUCGUUGUUGCUCACGACGCCAAAUACAUUUGCAGGUUUUGUUUCAGGGUUGAGGACAGUGGAAACCAAUUUUCCAACUGCUACCUCGACUCCUUUUAUGAGCCGGCGGGUAUAUUUGUUCUGUUCUGAUUAAAGGCUCAUGCAGUUGUCCUAACUACAUAAAAAGUCACAAAAAUCUGGACCUGAUACAGAUCUGUUAUUUUAUUUUACAGUUCUCAUUGACAAUUUUAUGUUUGCAGAAGUGUUGGAGUGGUGCAGGCCCGAAAAAAGAUUGAAACUUUAUACACUUUUGCGUACCUUGUGGCUUUCCUUUCUAUAUUAAAGGGACACGAAAGAGGAGAAUGAUCUGAUGCAUUAGGAAGUUGCGCUGCCUCAAUACCAAAACCACUGCUCCCAAUACAAGAAGGCACCUGGCAAGCCUGAGAAUGUUGAUAAAGAUGGCAAUGAUGGCAACAAUGUUUUUCAGAUGUUUGCAGCAAACUCACUGUGAUGGCAUCUGUCAGGGCUUACAUAUUUCUGUAUUGGUUAUGAUGAAUGUCAUCUUGUUACGAGGAAGCCAGUGACUUAACAUAGCAAGCUUCAGGAAAUCAUAGAUAGCCAGUGUAGACAAAUUACAAAAGAAGAAGACUUGAAACCUAAGACGUCAUGUGGACAUCGAGGUGGUGAAAUUUCGGUACGCGAAAUUGAAAAGUCAGAUUUUGACCUUCGCUUCAUCUUCUGCUAAUGGACAUAUGACGGCAAAAUUAGUGACAUUAGAGUUCUUAGAGAAUAAUAUAUUUGUGUGAACCGAUUUACUGUUUCACUUUAGUGUCCCUUUAAUGAAAACAUUUAUUAGAGCCCCUUUUUUGGGGACUACAGGAAUGUGCUCGACCACUGUAUCGUGCUUCGAACGAAAGACAAGAAACUCUAGUCAGGAACGCCACUAAUGUGAAGGUACACAGUGCACAGGCUAAAAUGGCCGAAGCGUUUGUUUGAUUGCUGCACUGCCUAUGAAUACCAACUUAUGCUGACCUCUCUUUUGAUUAAACAUUCCAGUCUGUUUCACUGUUUUAACUCCAACAUAUUCAUCGCACAGUUCUUCGAUGAUAAUCUUUUUUUCACUUAUCUGCCCUACCUUAAACCCAUAAACCAGUCACUCGAGGCUUUGUUUCGUAAGUUAACAUUGAUUUCAAACCGCUUUUAAGUUUCGUGUAGUCUUCUGUCUUGUGAGCGUAUGCGUAUACGCUUUCCAUGAACGCUAGGAAAACAAUGCAAUACUUGACCUGUGUACCGUUCAUGCGCUACUCAGAAGAAUGGGUGCACUGUAAUUCCACCCGCAUUGCAGUUAUGUUACGACGAGGGUGUGUGUUUGUUACGCACAGUGGUGAAAAUCGUCACUGAUGAAUGCUAUAACCCUGUCUUGAACUGGAAUUGUUUUUUUGCGAGGCGAUAUAUAUAGAAAAAAGAAACAUUGGGAUUGGCCAGUUUUGUUCAUUUCAUUUCUUUUUGCAUAUUUGCUUUCCAGGCUUGGCACCUUUAUAAUUAACGUACAUAUACAUAAAUGUACAUACAUUAAAAAAAAGACAUAUAUGCAUACCUAAUGAAAAAAACCAUAGUUUACCAGGCCUUAGGGAGAAGACAUAUACAUGUAAUUAAGAGGACGUGUUUGUAAACUGCCUUUUGACUGCGUAUGUGUUCUUGAUUUCCUAUGAGAACAGACUAGUGUGUAACAUACAUGUUAAUUAAAACAAGUUUGUUAAAUCUA